AUGGCAUUCAAAACAACUUUCUUCUACUUUCUGGUGCUGGCUUGUUUUGUCCAUUCUCUUCAGUCUGCAAUAGUGAAGAGAGAGGCAGAUGAUGCAGCUGGCUCCGGGUCCCCACUCAACAUAGAGAACCCUCUUCAAAAAUUUGAGGAAGUCAUUGGAUCUCUGAAUCCAAAUACUUUCUUUAAUGUUUUUAACAAAUUUCUUCAACCUCCUAAAAAUUAG